GAACUGGUCAGACACUGCCUGUGGGCCUGAUAGAGUCAAGAGGCGGCCCCAUCAUGCCCCUCAGUGAGGCCUGCAACCUGAGCAGAUAGUAUGGCCUGCCAGUGGAGGUGAACACCAUGGCUACAGGCGGUGGCCGGGCCUUUGCUUGGCAGGUGUUCCCACCCAUGCCCACCUGCCGGGUGUAUGGCACAGUGGCAUACCAGGAUGGGCACCUGCUAGUGUUGGGGGGCUGUGGCCGGGCCGGACUGCCCCUGGACACUGCUGAGACCCUGGACAUGGCCUCACAUACAUGGCUUGCACUGGCCCCCCUGCCCACUGCCCGGGCUGGUGCAGCUGCUGUGGUGCUGGGCAAGCAGGUGCUAGUGGUGGGCGGUGUGGAUGAGGGCCAGAGUCCUGUAGCUGCCGUGGAGGCUUUCCUGGCUGACGAGGGCCGCUGGGAGCGUCGGGCCACCCUCCCUCAGGCAGCCAUGGGGGUUGCAACUGUGGAGAGAGAUGGUAUGGUGUAUGCUCUGGGGGGAAUGGGCCCAGACACGGCUCCCCAGGCCCAAGUUCGGGUAUAUGAGCCCCGGCGGGACUGCUGGCUUUCGCUUCCCUCCAUGCCCACACCCUGCUACGGGGCUUCUACCUUCCUGCACGGGAACAAGAUCUAUGUCCUGGGGGGCCGCCAGGGAAAGCUCCCAGUGACUGCUUUUGAGGCCUUUGAUCUGGAGGCCUGUACCUGGACCCGGCACCCAAGCCUGCCCAGCCGCCGGGCCUUUGCUGGUUGUGCCAUGGCAGAAGGCAACGUCUUCAGCCUGGGUGGCCUGCAGCAACCCGGGCCCCACAAUUUCUACUCCCGCCCACACUUUGUCAACACUGUGGAGAUGUUCGACCUGGAACAUGGGUCCUGGACCAAGCUGCCCCGCAGCCUGCGUAUGAGGGAUAAGAGGGCUGACUUUGUGGUUGGCUCCCUUGGGGGCCACAUCAUGGCCAUUGGGGGCCUUGGCAACCAGCCAUGCCCUCUGGGCUCUGUGGAGGGCUUCAGCCUAGCACGGCGGCGCUGGGAGGCCCUGCCGGCCAUGCCCACAGCCCGCUGCUCCUGUUCUAGUCUGCAGGCUGGGCCCCGGCUGUUUGUCAUUGGGGGUGUGGCCCAGGGUCCCAGCCAAGCUGUGGAGGCGCUGUGUCUGCGUGAUGGGGUCUGAAUGCCUGACGGGGAUGUGGCAGCUGGAGCAGUGCAGUGCCAGGGGCACAGGUCCGUGGCUCCUCUUGCUGCUGAAGAAGCUCAUUGUGGCUCUGUGGAAUGCGGGAGGCCCAAGGUCAGGUACAAAGGGUGAGGGCACUUUGUCUUUAGUGCAGGACACAUAUGCUUAUACCCACCUUUAUCCCCAUUCAUUCAUGGACCAUGCCUAGCUCCACACUUGCUCUGGAACUACUUGGGCCCUCUGUCCAACUGGGAAGUGGGAGGAUGGAAGAGCUGGCCUCAGGCCCCGCAGGAUUAGUGCCUACCUGGAGUUGACCAGUCUCACCCCAGUGGCUGUUCCUGAAAAAUCCUAGCUGUCAGCCUACCUUGAGGGCCUCUGUGGCCCCAGGAGAGUUCAGGGAGGUCAGAGAACACAGAGGGUGUGGAGGAGUAGAUGUAGGAACCUCCAGAGGACCAGAGGAAUAGUAGCUUUGGGCCCUUUACACUGUUGACUGUGUGACCUUGAGCAAGUCAUUUCACCUCUCUGUGCCUCAGCAUCCUCAUCUGUAAAUGGGGAUCUCUGAAACCUUCCUGCCCUACCUACCUCACAGGGCUGUUGUGAGGACCCAGGAAGUUCAGAUGUGAAAGUAAAAGUGCUGCUAAAAUCUGG